AUGGCUGGCACGAAAACAUUAAUCAUUAUUUUCGUUAUCAUGUUCCCAGUCGCGAUGAUAACAGAGGAAGAUGUAAAUCAUGGAGGUAAUAACUAACAACUACGACAUCACUAAUAAAAUUUAAUUGCGCUGACCUGCGGAUUGUCGCCGUUUUAUUUCAGCAUCCUGGAAAAUUACUUAAGUUUGCAGAAUUGAAUGACAGGGAACAUAUGAUUUUAAACUCAUAACGAAGCGUCUACCAUUUUUAUUUUGACCCUGAUAACGUGCCAGACAUCGUCCAUAACACAACAUGUUUCCCCCUAAAAUUUUGCAUGAAAAUUGUUUGUCAAUUUUUCUAGGGAAUAAGCAGUCAUUAUGAGAGAAAUUGAAGACAAUUUACUUAUGCAAAAUUUUGGGGGGUAAACAAGAUGUUUUAUGGGCAAUGUGAAAAUGGUGAAUAUGUUAACAACUGUAUUUGUUUCAUUUUUUAAAAAAAUUUAUUCAUCAAAAAUGUACGAUCAACAUUUCGCAAGAUUUCUUUCGUUCAGAGACCGUUCACGAAUUGCCUUUCUGUAAUUUUUCUUCUCUAGUGGAUUUGAAAAAAAAAAAAAUAAAUCUUGGUAUAAAGUCAACUCCCCCUUUACAAACACCUCUUAAAUACGGACAACCCUCUGGUGUUGCCACUGUCCAGUCAUUUGAGUGUAACUAUGCUGUCUGUAAGACGGAAAUCUCUCUAACACGGACAACAGACACUUUUAAAGCCGUGAACGGACUCUUGCGAAGUGAAUACCUCAAGACGGAAAUGUAGGUGUACUACAUGACAGAUAAUUGCAAUUAGGGUAAAAAUGAAACCAUGUAACCAUGUUACACACAGUUACUUUUUGAUCAAGGGAAAUCAAUUUUAGUUCGAGUUGGGGGCGAAUUCGAGUUAUCCGAGUUCGAGUUAACCGAGUUAAAAUGACUGGAAAGUAGGAUGAAAUCCAAGGGAAAUUGGACUUAGUUUGAGUUAGCGGGGAGUUCGAGUUAUCGAAGUACGUGGGUUUCACUGUAUAACAAUUUGUUUUGCAGGAGUAUAAACUGUUGUUGAAAGAAGCGACUGCUGAAUUUUUAUUACUUUGUAGCCUUGUUCCGGUUCGCAGAGUGUAUACUUUUACGCUUUUAGACGCCGUGAACGUUGACAUGUAAUGAACCACCUCUGAUUGUACAUUGAGAAAAUGAUUCCACCUUUCCAGUACAUUGUUUCAGUAGUUUUGACUGUUUUGCACAAAUGGAAACGAUGUGUAUUUAUCGCGAAUAAGUUGGGCUUUAUUUUCUUGUAAUUACUGGUGCCACCUUAUACUUUGACUCUCUAUUAGCGGGACACCUCCCUUUAAUAGACGGAGAGUCGGGACGGGUCCAAAAGGUAUCUGAAUUGACGGUAUUAUUAUUAUUAUUAUUAAUAUUAAUAUUAUUAUCAUUAUCGUUAUCGUUAUCGUUAUUAUUAUUAAAUUGUUAUUGUUAUUAUUUAUUUCUAUUAAAUAAUUAUUUAUUACCUACACUAAUAAUUGUUAAAUUUAUUAUUGUUUUGCAAAGUUAAUAAAAUGUCGUUAUCUUUCGGAUUGAAAUUUACUGCUUAUAUGUGUUGCUGUUUUUCAGUUUGUCCAGUCCCGAUGAAUAAAGAAGAAGAGGAGUUUAUUAAAGAGCGGGAAAGGAACAGAGAAUUAAUGGAAGAGAUCGCCAGAGAAAUUGAAAUGACGUGCUUAGGUAAGUUAAACUGAUUAACUUAUAAUAAUAAUAACCUUGGAUGAGCAAGUCUUUCCGCGUGAAUUGCAGGCCAUUUUGAAUAGUUUACCCUUUUGGGACAGUUGGGAGUGUUUUAUAUAGAACAAUGCAGAUUUUGCAUUUUUAAAGCCACUUACCCUCUUAGUUUUAAGCCAAUUAGUUGGUAAGCAGCGAGUCCAGGAUGUUAUACAUACAUACACUGUCUACAGGUAGCCAUUUCGACUCCUGAAGGAGGAUCAUGGGGUUAUCCCACUAGCUCAGGCAAGGCUGGCCACACCACAGGGGUAAACGUCCCCUACUCUUUCUGCACUUUGGUGUGGGUUCUUUUAUGUCUCACAAGUACCAGAUAAGUCCCGUGGGACCUACGGGACUUACAGUUUUUCUUCCUUAAGACUUCUACUUCUAGUUCUGGUCUCUUCUUAGUUAUUUAAGGAGCCUUAGUGUUGGUCCGGCCGGGGUAUGAAUCCGCGACCUCCAGCUCAGCAGACCGGCGCUCUCCCGACCAAGCGCUAGUUGAAAAACUUGGCACACUGCUACCUUAUUAUGGAAAGCCUGACCAAUUGGGCAAAAAUCUACUGCCAAUUUAACAAUUCGAAAACGUUUAUGCUAUUUUGUUUUCUAAAAACGCCCAAAAUUUUCGGACUUGGAAUUUGAUGGUAACAUUUCUGAAAAAUGAUUGCUAGUCCAUGAGCCAUUUUGUGAGAAGUGGUUAAAAAUUUCGUAGCAUCUCCUUAUGGGAAAUAGUUUCCUUGGUAUCAAAUGAAAGCUUAGGGUGUGCUAAAUUGUGAUUAGUCUGUUUCCAAACAUGAGACUUGAGGAGCAGUACUGGAGCGUUAUAUUAAUUAUUGGGGGCUUAAACGGUUGCGGUUAAUUCGAAGCCUUUCUCUCAAGUUAUUAACCCCUUUCAAUUCGAUGAAACUUUUUCAAAGAUAUACAAUUCAUGGUGACAAUUGAAACAGGAAAUCCGAAUUUGAGUUUUAAAUCCAAAUUUUAGAUUUUGCAAUCGAACGCGAAAUGCAAGACGGAUCUCACCCCCACCCCCCGAGAUCGAUCGAGAAAUGCGUCCCCGAGGUUGCCCAAUUCAGGAUUUCAUGGAUUUCCUUUAUUACCGUUCUACUAGGAAAUGCGAAAAAGGAUUUGUAAAACUGUUCUCGUGAACAGUGUUCUUUUUUCCUGCUUGUUAUGCGUGUGCUUGCGAGACAAAUGAUCUUCAAAACAGUUCAAAUUCCUUUCUCGUAUCCUCGCACCCCUUCUCGCGCCUGAAAAAGAAAAAGGAAGAAAGAAAGAAAAAGAAAAGAAAAGAAUGAAAGGAACUUUGCUAUGAAAGAAAAACUUGCCCUUUAGGCGCAGAGGAGCUCAGAAUAAACGUUGGCGUAAACGAAAAAAGAAGCAAAAAAUUAUCCAGCGCUGAUGGUGGCACUCCAAAAGCGCGCGAAAUACUUGAACCGAAAGUCAAAAUUCACUUGCAUACCAACUGUGUAGCCUAGCAACACGAUAGGAUAAGAGGCUCUUAAGGGAUGCAACGUUUCUUGAUCGGAGUACUGAGACCAACGUUUUCUCAAUGAAUUUUAACCAAGAGAUCACGAUAUCAGUUGUUUGAGCUAAAAGAAAGAAAAAUAAAUAAUCAAAACAACUGUUGAACAACUGAAAGAGUGAAAACUGACUGUACAGGUGACUUUUAAGUCAAUGGAAUUCUUGUAACUAACCUCUACUUGCUGAUUUGUAGACGAGUGUGAAACAGGACUACAUAACUGCCACGAUGAUGCAUUCUGCACCAACACCAAAGGUUCCUUCACAUGUACUUGCAAACCAGGAUAUACUGGGGAUGGUGUCAACUGUGCAGGUAGCAUAAUAAGGAGCUUAAACGAACAGGAUUUUAUCAUAAGUCAUAUAUGCUAUUCCAAGCCAAACAAAAUACAGCCAAAUGGAAAGGUAGAAACCUGUUUUCAUAUUCAGUCAGUGGUAUGCCACAGGUUGUAUCUAAGAAAAAAAUAUUCUGGCGUUGGUACGUGUAAAUUUGUGGCCUCCAAUUUGCCCAAUAGCUACAGCCAUAAUUAAAAGGCAAAAAAGUUUAUUUAGAGCCAACCCUGAAAUGCUCGUAUGUUAACACAACAAUAACACAAAUAACUAAUUGCUUUCACAAAAAAAAAUGCUACAACUAGCUGGUCGAGCUCGAACUGCAUCCUCAAUUAUGGACACAGGCUCAAUGCCAGUUAGGCUGGGGAAACAAAACCUCUGACCAAUAGAUGACUGGGACAGGAAACACUGUAGGAGCACAGAGGCUUAGAGACAGAAAAAUAUGAGCUUUUCUUUGAUGUAACGGGAUCAUUUUCACUAAUAUACCUAACAAGGCAGGUAGGCCAACAGCCAGCUAAGCUGCUAGGAACAGUGAGGGUGCAACAUUUAAGGUAAACAGAUGGCUAACGACCCUGGCUGAUAAUUUACUGCAUCAAUCAUAGUUAGUCACUGACUUAUGUCGCCAUCUAAAGAGAGGUUCCGGGAAAGUUGACCUAAGCCUACAUUGAGACUAAAUACAUAAGUUAAGGAACAGGUGCAAAACGGCGCUAACCGUACAAAUACAUAAAAUAAGAGAACUGCCAGGGCUGGGCUCUAAAGCAUUGCAUUGCUAUAUCCCUCAUUCUGAAAAGACAUAAGAAUCCAACUGAUUCAGUUUGAUAAUUCAGCAUUUAAUCUUGAUUUCCAGACAUAGACGAGUGCAAAACAGGAAAACACAACUGUGACGUCACUAGAUGGUGCUAUAACACGAAAGGAUCCUUCGACUGCCCUUGCAGGGAAGGUUAUUCAGAAAAUGGAGAAAAUAAAUGUACAGGUAACACUUCAGGAUCCCUUAAUUGAAAGACUCAUAUAUUUCGUGGCCACGUCUCUUUCAAAUCAAUUUCCUCAGCUCCAAGGUGGUUUUUCACUAAAUUCGCCUUAAUUUAAGUCUCGUUAAUUUCCAUAAUACCUUUUACUAGUACUGAUACCAGAGCAUUAAGUUCCUUUAUUAUUCAUUCAAAAUAUUUCCCCAAUUCUUAUUGGCUAAAAGCACACGCUUAAUUCACCAUAACCAGUUGUGUUUAACGAGGAAAUGACGUCAAAAAUGCAGCCUUCUACAGGUUAAUGCACCGUUAACCGAGAAGACCUGGGAAGGACAUUGAGUUGUUUUCGUUGUAAAACCUAAAAUGGCGGCCACUUCACUCGUUUCAAGAGUAAGAAGUACAGCUGGAACUAGGCGAAAUAAUGGCUAAAAACAUAGCAAAAAAGGCAAGAAGACAACUCGCAGGGUGACAUCUGCUAUUUUGAGAAUAUUUGCGGAGCUGGACAAACCUAAAAGUAAACUAUCGAAGAUAAACUUAACGUCGAUGCAGGUAAGCUUGUUUUGGCUAUGUUUUUGAACUAGGAAUUAUUUUGAAUGAAUAAUAAAACAAUUAUUGAAUUCGGCUUUCGUAUCAUAUGAAGAAUUACGGAGAUCUCGGAGGGUGUUAUCCGCCUCGGUUUACGGCCUGAACGGAUAACACCCUCCUCGAUCUCCAUAAUUCUUCAUAAGAUACUCAGCCUCAUUCAUUAAUUGUUAAAUAAUAAGUCAGGUAUACUAUGUUAAUUCUAAUAGGCCAUUUUCAAGUUGACUCCAGCUUCUGUCUUAAGACGAGGCGAAAUGCGAAGCCUUUUAAUAAGAAAAUUAAUUUCAAAAGAGAAAGGUGUAAGGAAGACCUCGUUUUGAAAAUGAGGGCUUUUGGAACUCGGAAAGUAUAAAUAAAUAUUGAAAUAUUAAAAGCCUGAAAUGGCUAUUAUGGUAGGCUACUGUUACUUGCCGCGAAAGAAAAAUUCAAAAAUCCAUUUAUUCAGUGCCUGACUUCUUAAUUGCAGAUAUAAAUGAAUGUGAAACAGGAAAGCACAACUGUGGGGCAAACGCUACUUGUAAAAACACUAAAGGAUCCUUUGUGUGCACCUGCAAGCCAGGGUACUCUUGGAAUGGAGUUAGCUGCACAGGUGAAAACAGUACCUUGGUCUUCUUUAUUAUAUGCCACAGGGUAGUAUGCUGCUUCGUUCCUAGAACUACAGUUUGUUCUUUUAAGGAGAAUAACGAGUAUCGAAAUGCUCUUGCAUACUGCUAUAGUUUGUGAUUUGCAGUAUCUGUAUGCAAUUUUAGCCUCAGUUAUACAUGCUUGAGAUCUUUACAGUUUUCAUGUUUAUUAUAAUUGAAAUUGUACGCAAUAUUGACAACGCAAUGUAACGAACUUUGUAAGAUCGCGCGCGCUUUAAAUUCAACGGCGAUUUCAAAAUAUGUAACACUGAAGACGACGGAUGUACCGUCGAAACAUGUCUGGAAAAUUAAAGAAAGUUGUUAUGUUUAUACGACUAUCUAUAUUGUUGCUGCUAUCUAGACUAAUUGUAACUGUCCUCAUGCACGAUUGCGAUGUCCGCUCACGCAUUCACGCUGGGUGAGACAAUUGCUUUUAAAAAUCAGACCAGUGUACACAAUUCCGUCAGUUUUGUUCCGCUCCACUUACAGAGUAUGAACAGAAAAGUGUCUUUUUUAUGCCACCUUCUGUUGGCAGUUUUUCUUCAGCAGGGAAGUCGUUCUGCAUUCUCCAGUAUCUUGCUUCCUUAGGUUUCGCAAAUCCUCUAUCUAUACAUAUGAUGUUAUUUCUUCAUUUAUCACCGCUUCAGUAUACAGUAUAGCAAUUAUCUUUUUUCUUCUCAGUACAACCUCCAGGAAAGCUCUCUCUUCUGACGGUACUCAAUCCUAGAAAAUAAAAGGUUAAGUAAAUCAGUUUUGAUGAUUCAGUCCUGCACCUGUUUUGCAGACGUAAACGAGUGUAUAACAGGAGUGAACAACUGUAACGCUAAUGCAGACUGCAAUAACACUGAAGGAUCUUUCGAGUGUACUUGCAAGCCAGGGUAUUCUGGGAACGGAGUUUACUGCAUAGGUGAUUAUAUUUUAGUAGAGACUUGAGUCGUCUUAAUGUUAAGGCUAUUUCAAUAUCAUUUGUGUCGAGUUCACGCGUUUGAGUCAGUAGAAUCCAAAAGAGACAUCUCGAAAUGUAAAAAUAAGAGUUUGAAGUCUAGCCUCAUCGUACUUAGUGUACUUGCAAAUCAGGAUAUUUUGGGGAUGGUGUCAACUGUGAAGGUAGCAUAAUAUGGAGCUUAAACGAAAACAGGAUUCUAUCAUAAGUCAUAUAUGCUAUUCCAAGCCAAACAGAAUACAGACAAAUGGAAAGGCAGAAACCUGUUUUCAUAUUCAGUCAGUGGCAUGCCACAGGUUAUAUAGCAAAAAUGUUUUUGCUUUUCAGUAUAGCCAGAAAUCUCUCGCUCUCUCUCUCUCUCUCUCUUCUGAUCGUACCCAAUCCUAGAAAAUAAAAGGUUAAGUAAAUCAGUUUUGAUGAUUCAGUCCUGCAUCUGACUUGCAGACGUAAACGAGUGUAUAACAGGAGAGCACAGCUGUGAUGCCAAUGCAGACUGCAAUAACACUGAAGGAUCUUUCGAGUGCACUUGCAAGCCAGGGUAUUCGGGGAACGGAGUUAACUGCACAGGUGAUUAUAUUUCAGUAAAGACCUGGAUCGUCUUAAUGUUAAGGCUAUUAAUUCAGUAUUAUUUUGUCUCGAGUUCACUCGUUUGA